AUGGACAUCACAGAGUCGCAGGAACCGGCCGAUCCGAUACACGGCACCCGAAGUGGUGGAUGGGGUUUAGAUAAUACCGACAACGACACCUUUUGUGGCAGUAUGCGGUAUUCCGCUGCAGCCUUGCAAAUCGAGAAGGAUAAAUACAACUGGUGCCAAUCCGUUGUCGCUAUUCGUCCGUCAUCUCUUCAAAGUGGUGAAGACAUCAAGACAUCACCUCGCCAUCUGACCAGAGAUCGCAAAACCAGACGGUUUGACGGUGGAGGAGAGCACUUGGAAAUCCUUCCUUUUCGAGACCAUAAGUUCUAUCAAUGGCUUCUAACACACAGUCAUCCAGUGCUCUACGACCCCACUAUGCUCUUCCCUUGGGUCGGUGUGCACAUGAAAUGUUUCCAUUUGAUGCAGAGAUUGAUCGAAUACAGAAAAGAUGUUAUGCGUCUGACCCCAGAUAAUAAUAUAUUUGGAACUGAAGAUGAAAGUACUAGAAUCCCAGCGAGUCUCGGUGAAAUGUACGAGGGGUAUCAAUCUCGUAUCUAUUGGAAGGACGGUGUCGUGUCAGAGGUGCUGUACUAUCUUGAACCGCUUUCUACGGUAUCUAGCAGCGCUGCGCCGGUUCUGCAAUCAGGACUGGAUCGACUGCCUGUAGAGAUCCAAAAGCAGAUUUUUGGUUAUCUGCAUCCAUUCACGGAUCCACCAGCAGAAUGCACUCGAAAUAUUACUCCUUUGACAUGGGAAUAUCUGUUGUUUCAUGGACAGAUUCUACCUUGGUUAUGGGACUUGGAUGAACAAGAAUCAAUAGCAACAGAUCAGGUGCAUACUUCAACCACAUCAGUCAAAAAUAUGCGCAUUGACGAGCGGGAAGAUGGAGGAGCAGGCGCGGCUCUGGUAUUUUCUGGCAACGUCGAAGAAGAUGAAAAUUUGUGGGACUGGGAGCUCUUGGUGCGACAGCUGGCUCGGCACGACUCAUUUGACUUUCGAGCUACAUUAGAGUGCUUGCCACGAGCUUUACUAAACCGUCAUAGGAUCUGGAGACUAUUAGAUGAGGCACGGAAAGAUGAUGUGGGUGCAAAAGAUACCUGGAUGAUAAUACCUCAACAUGUUAGAGAUCAUGCUUGA